AUGCGCGCGAAAGCCCCGGCGGCGGCGGCGCGGCCUGGCGCUCGAACUCUCUGCCUGCGCAUCACAUCGCACCGCACCAUGCCACGCCACGCCACGCGACGACGGUUUUCUCUCGGCGCGUCCGCCGCACCGCCAGGGCUGGCCAAAGGCUCGCCCGCGGCCAGAGCGCGCAACAGAGUAAUUAGGGAGCGAGCGAAGCGUUUCAGAGCACUAGAGGAAGCCAAGCUUGUUAUGGCCUUCUGCGACGCGGUGUCACCUGAAAGUGCUUGGGAACUUCAGACCAAAGAGUUUCGUCGCCAACUCUUAUCUGGGAUACAAUGCAAAGUACCUUUCCGUCCUGAAAUUGGCAACCCCAACUCGCCGCCGCUGCCGGGCGUGCUGGCGGGCUGGCGGCCGGACCUGCAGGGGCGCGAGCGGCCCAACUCCAAGCUGCUGCCGCGCGACGUGUCGGUGCGCACGGCCUACGGCGAGGUGCAGGGCUUCCGCGUCUACCUCUACGACGACCCCGACCCGCGCUCGGGCUACCGGCCCGGCGUGUCGCCCGUGGAGCGCGAGACGGCCAACAGUCGAGAACUCUCUCAGGGCACAAACGAUCGCCGCCCGCCGCCCGCGACGGUGACUGGAGGGGUGAGAGAGAAAGGUGUGAGGCGACGUCAUGAAAGGGAGUGCAGAAUGAGGGAGAAGGAAGAUGGACGAGGGGGAAUGGGAAGGCGAAUAGGUGGGCAAGAUAGCGAGUGGCCAGGUGGAAGGGAGAAAGGUGUGGCGUCAAGGGGGAUGCAGGAACCGCCGAGGCCGCACCGCGGCUGGAAGGUGCUGCAGGCGGUAGACUUCGGGCCGGCGUGCCCGCAGCCCGGCCGCUACACUGGCGCCACCAAGCGGAUCCGUGACAUGGACGAGGACUGCCUCUACCUCAACAUCUACUCGCCCUCGACGGCGUCGGGGCACGCGCGCCCGUACCCUGUCAUGUUCUACAUCCACGGCGGCGACUUCACCCACGGCGCCUCCAACCUCUUCCCGGGCCACGUGCUGGCCGCCUUCUACGAGGUGGUGGUCGUCACCAUCAACUACCGCCUGGGCGCGCUGGGCUUCCUCAGCACGGCGGACGACAACUCCCCGGGCAACUACGGGCUGCUGGACCAAGCGCUGGCGCUGCAGUGGGUGCACGAGAACGUGCGCGCCUUCGGCGGCGACCCCGACGCCAUCACGCUGUUCGGGCCGGACGCCGGCGCGGCGUCGGCCGGGCUGCUGGCCGUGGCGCCGCGCACGCGCCACUUGGUGCGCCGCGUCAUCGCGCAGAGCGGCUCCGCGCUGGCCGACUGGGCGCUCAUCGAGGACAAGUACCGCGCGCAGAACACCAGCCGCGUCUUCGGGCGCGCCAUCGGAUGCGACAUCGACUCCGCGUGGAAGCUGGUGAGCUGCGUGCGCAAGGCGCGCUCCUUCGUGGAGCUGGGCGACGCCGAGCUGGACGCGCACGUGCCGCGCGUGGGGCUGUUCCCCUGGGCGCCCGUGCUCGACGCCAACUUCUCCGUGCCGCUCGACUCGUGGUAUGAAGGCUGGCGCGAGGAGGACUGGCGCCUGCUCAACGACAUGCCUGAGCGCCUGCUGCGGCGCCGCGCCUUCAACCCGCAGCUCGAGUACAUGUCCGGCGUCACCAUGCAGGAGGCCGCCUUCAUGAUCUAUAACAACGCCAGCCUUGCACCACACUACACUGUGGAUCAAGCCUUCUUUGACCAGAAGGUGCGGGAACUGGUACUACGCUACAACUACACUCUGAAUCCUGAGGGAGUCUAUCAGGCCAUCAAGUACAUGUACACCUACUGGCCAGAUCCCAACAACACCUUCUACAUCCGGGAGCGAUACAUUGAUCUAAUGUCGGAUUUUAUUUAUCGAGCUCCUAGUGACCACAUGGCAAAGGUGCUUGCUGAACAAAAUGUACCACUUUAUUUGUAUGUGCUAAAUACAACAAUAGAAGCCUUCAAAUUGCCUUUGUGGCGGAAAGUACCUCAUAACAUUGAACACUACUACCUCACAGGAGCUCCAUUUAUGGAUAUUGAGUUUUUUCCUCGUCGCCCCACUCUUGAACGACAAAUGUGGACUGACAAUGAUCGAAAUAUGAGUCAUUUCUUCAUGAAGGCGUAUUCAGACUUUGCAAGAAAUGGGAACCCAACAAUGUCUCAAAUAUUGGGUCUGUACUUUGAAAAAGCUACCAAUGGUCAACUGAAGUACUUGAACAUCAAUACAACGUACAACUCCUCUGUCAUGUUGAACUUUAGACAAACUGAGUCAGCAUUCUGGACAAUGUACCUCCCCAGUGUCAUUGGGCGUCUGGUGCCUACAUAUCCCCCCUCCACAGAGUUCUGGUGGGAACCUCGAGCUCCACUGCAAAUUGCCUUCUGGAGUGUGUCAGGUGCCUGCCUAUUGUUAAUAGUGGUAGUGGUCAUCUGUUGCAUACUAUGGCGCAAUGCCAAGAGGCAAUCUGACCGGUACUACAGCAGUGACAUCAUGCUGCGUGAUGAAGGCAGUGAUCCAGAGGGUAUUGAAAAUCAUAGUGCAACAAAUGUGUAUGAAUACCGCGACACUCCCCCAACAAAAGUGAAGAGAAAUCUCUCACAACCACAACUGCAGAUGCAGGAAAUAAAAGACAUGAAAGACAGCAAGGAUUCUAAAGGGAGAGCAAUAUCCCCCCCAAUGACAACAGCCAGCUACGACCCACGUCGUAGUGCUAGUGUGCCAUCUUUAAGAACCAGCAGUGCCUCCUCCCUCAAAGACAGUGCAAGCUUUGUUAGCAGCAGCCCUGGAGGGCCACGGAGGACGCCCACAACAAACCAUCGGAGAGGACCAAAGCCACAGACACUCAUUACUGAAGGGGGAGUGCCCCAGACACAGGUGUGAUUCCCAUUGCACUCUGUUCCUAUUGCCUAAAUCAUCACAAUAUGUGUUCACUAUUGUCGGUUAACAAGACUGCCUAUUCAGCUCAUUUGAUCAAGAUGAAGAAAAGAGAUCCAGAAGUUUCAUGCCAGUCUGCAUAUAAUGCAAAUGAAUAACUUCUACCAAGAAACUCCAUGUAUGGAGUCUUAUAAAAUAUUCCGUCCAAUACAAAAUUUUUUUUGCUUCCAUAAUACUGUCUUCACAUCAAAAUUUCAAAUAAAUGUAGCCCAAAAUAUGGAUUUUGUAAAAUUUCUCUUAAUGUUGUGAAUAUUUUCUAUUUUUGAAGUUUAUAUUUUAAAUAAAUAGUAAUAGUAACCAAUUGGUUCUGUAGCAUUUAAAUGUUACUUCUCCAGAAAAAAGAGAAAGCAUGUUCGCAACUAUUUAUGCUGCAAGAGCUCAUCAGUGAUUUGUAUAUAUGUAAUCUUUUUACUAUGAGAGGAGACUAUGUCAGUGCAAUUUUUAUGUAGUUUGAGAAAUUUUAUGAAAAUACAUUUAGAUUGUGUAAUUAUGUACCUGGUGUAUGCAAGAUUUUGUAAGAGCACAAAUUUGAUUUUGUCUGUGUGUUUUUGUUGUUUUUUAUGUAAUCUUAACUGUUUCUUCAGUCUUAAACUAAAUUCUCUCAUGAGAAAUAUCCAACUGCAAGAUCAUCAAGAAGCCUAGACGAAGGAUUGUUCAUUCCAAGCUUAGAUAGUUGAUUACAUAGUGCAGAAUAUAAAAGAUAAUUUGAAUGAGUGAAAAGUGUAUUGUAGAUAGUUUCACGAUUUAUAAUGCAUUUCUUAGGCUAUUAAAUUCAUUUUAUAAAAAAAAAGUGUUUUCACAUUAUUUAU